AUGAAUUUUUUAUUUUUAUUAUAUUGGUCAUUUUUGUCAGUUGUUGUUUCAGCAAGUCCAUCUUAUUCUAAUACAACAGUUAUUGCAACUCAAGUCAUAGAAACAGAAUAUGUUACGGUUUGUCCAUCAACAACAAUUAUUACUGUUACUCAUUGUGAAAAUAGUCAUUGCACUCCAACCACUAUUUCGGUAUCUGAAUCAACUACUUUAACUUUAACUAGUAUUUUGUGUCCAACUACUACGACUAUCACUCAAGGUGGUACUACAACUACAAACAAUGGUAUUACUACAACUGCAAAAGCUACUACUACUGAAGAAGAAAUUGAAGUUACAAGAUUCAUAGUUACAGAUUAUACAACUAUUUGUCCAGAAUCAACAAUUUUAACAAUCACAAAAUGUUCAAAUCAAUUAUGUCAUCCAUCAGUUACUACUAUAACCGAAUCAACAGAAGUUACAAUUAUAGGAGAAGUUUUGUGUUCAUCAACUGUUACAGUUACAAGUCAAGAACAAAUUCCAAGUUUCGAUACUAUUGUUGUCAUACUUACUAGUGAACAAGUUAUUGGUGGUAAAACCUCAACUAUAACUGAAGCAAAUGAAGUUAUAACAACUAUUCAAGGUGGUUUCACUACUGAAACUGUUUAUUCAUCAACUGAAGUUAUUGAAAUUGGUAAAACUGUUACUUCAACAUAUACAUCAUUAAGUCAAUCCAUAAUUACAGAAAUUCAAACUAUCGAACAUUUUACAACUACAUUUCCUUCUGCAACUAAUGUCAUUAUUAAAACUUGUGAUGCUUGUAAUCCAACUACCAUAUUAGCAACUCAAGGUCAAACAUUAUCUUUUGAAACAGUGAUUGUAUCUAACGAAGUUACUUCUUUUAAUCCAGUUACAAUUACAACUACAACUACAAAUUCACCAUGUCAUACUUGUGGUAAUAGUAACCCAUCAAUUCAACCUAUUAUUGGAUCUGGCUCAGAAUUAGGUAGUGGUUCAUCAACAACUAAUGGUAUUAUUACUGUUGCUGGCGGUAAUUUGAUUAAAAUUGAAUCUUAUUUCUUUGGUUUGGUUGUUCUUUUAAUUAGUUUUGUCAUUUGA